AUGGUUUUCGUUAGAUCUCCCGACGGCAAAACCGUCGCUCUCGACGUGAACCCGAGAACCACUACUCUCUCCGCCCUCAAGCGCCACUUCGGAUCGCAAACCCUCAUCCCGUCCGCUCAUCUGCGCUUCCUUCUUCGCCGUCUUCCCCAAGUUUCUCCACCGGAGGCUGAGGAUUGCGACUCCGUCCUCCUCUCUCAAUUGGGCGUCACCCAAUACUCGACCUUGACCAUUCACGUUCCACUCUUCGGCGGCGUCGGGCAGCCUCCAGCGCCGCCGAAACCUCGUCUCGAGUUCCUCAACUCGAAGCCCCCGGCCAAUUAUGUCGCCGGUCUCGGUCGUGGUGCUACGGGGUUCACAACCCGGUCCGAUAUCGGUCCUGCUCGUGCCGCUCCGGAUCUACCCGACAGGUCGGCUACUGCAAUCGGUGCAGCGGCUCCUGGUGUGGGAAGAGGCGCUGGGAAGCCUGAUGAAGACGAAGAUGAAGAGGCCGAAGACAAGGGUUAUGAUGAGAACCAGAAGUUCGACGAAUUUGAAGGAAACGAUGUUGGGUUGUUUGCUUCGACGGAGUAUGAUGAAGACGAUAAGGAAGCGGAUGCUGUUUGGGAAGCCAUUGAUAAGAGGAUGGAUUCCCGAAGGAAAGACCGGAGAGAGGCCAGGUUGAAAGAGGAGAUUGAGAAGUAUCGAGCGUCCAAUCCUAAGAUCACAGAGCAAUUCGCCGAUUUGAAGAGGAAGUUGCACACUAUGUCUGCAAAUGAUUGGGAAAGCAUUCCCGAUAUUGGAGAUUAUUCGUUGAGAAACAAGAAGAAAAGGUUUGAGAGCUUUGUCCCUGUUCCAGACACUUUGCUUGAGAAGGCCAGGCAAGAGCAAGAACACGUUACUGCUUUAGAUCCCAAGAGCAGAGCUGCUGGUGGAGCUGAGACGCCAUGGUCGCAGACUCCAGUUACCGACUUGACUGCCGUUGGUGAAGGUAGAGGCACUGUUUUGUCUAUAAAGUUAGAUAGGUUAUCUGAUUCAGUUUCCGGAUUAACUGUUGUGGAUCCAAAGGGUUACUUGACUGAUUUGAAGAGUAUGAAGAUCACUAGUGAUGCCGAGAUAUCGGAUAUUAAGAAGGCAAGAUUGUUGUUGAAAAGUGUUACUCAGACCAAUCCUAAGCACCCUCCUGGCUGGAUUGCUGCUUCAAGGUUGGAGGAGGUGGCUGGGAAGAUUCAAGUGGCCAGGCAAUUGAUUCAAAAGGGUUGUGAGGAAUGUCCCAUGAACGAGGACGUUUGGUUGGAAGCUUGUCGAUUGGCUAGUCCUGAUGAAGCCAAAGCUGUGAUUGCUAGAGGAGUCAAGAGUAUUCCAAAUUCUGUCAAGUUGUGGUUACAAGCUUCAAAGUUGGAACAUGAUGAUGUGAAUAGAAGGAGAGUUUUGAUGAAAGGUCUUGACAAUAUUCCAGAUUCGGUUAGGUUAUGGAAAGCAGUGGUUGAGCUGUCCAAUGAAGGGGAGGCUAGGGUUUUGCUUCACCGAGCUGUUGAAUGCUGCCCAUUGCAUGUGGAAUUGUGGUUGGCAUUAGCUCGAUUAGAGACAUAUGCUAAUGCAAGGAAAGUGUUGAAUCGUGCAAGGGAGAAGCUAACUAAGGAGCCGGCUAUAUGGAUCACAGCCGCAAAGCUGGAAGAGGCAAAUGGGAAUACUACUAUGGUGGGGAAGCUUAUUGAAAGAGGUAUCAGAGCUCUGCAGAGAGAAGGGUUGGCAAUUGAUCGGGAAGCCUGGAUGAAGGAGGCUGAGGCUGCAGAGAGGGCAGGUUCUGUAACAACUUGUCAAGCCAUUGUAAGCAAUACAAUCGGUAUUGGAGUUGAGGAAGAAGAUAGGAAAAGGACUUGGGUGGCAGAUGCUGAGGAGUGUAUUAAGCGAGGAUCUAUUGAGACGGCCAGAGCUAUUUAUGCUCAUGCACUUAGCGUCUUUUUGACCAAGAAGAGCAUUUGGCUUAAAGCUGCACAGCUUGAGAAGAGUCAUGGAACUAGGGAAUCUCUUGAUGCCUUUUUGAGGAAAGCAGUAACAUAUACUCCACAGACAGAGGUGCUUUGGCUUAUGGGUGCCAAGGAGAAGUGGCUUGCUGGUGAUGUCCCAGCUGCUAGAGCAAUUCUCGAUGAAGCUUAUAAAGCUAUACCAAACUCCGAGGAGAUUUUGCUUGCAGCGUUCAAGCUCGAAUUCGAGAAUCACGAACCUCAAAGAGCUAGAAUAUUGCUCGGUAAGGCAAGAGAGAGUGGAGGUACAGAGAGGGUGUGGAUGAAAUCUGCAAUUGUUGAGAGAGAAUUAGGGGAUACUGAGAAGGAAAGGAUAAUGCUUGACGAGGGGUUGAAGCGAUUUCCUUCAUUUUUCAAACUGUGGUUGAUGCUCGGCCAGCUGGAGGAAAGGUUAGGUCAGCUGGAGAAAGCUAAGGAAGUUUAUGAGUUGGGGCUGAAGCACUGCCCGAACCGUGUACCUUUAUGGCUUUCUCUGGCUUGCCUGGAAGAGAGAAUGAAUGGACUGGGUAGAGCUAGAGCUGUGCUGACCAUGGCGAGGAAGAAGAACCCACAGAACCCAGAACUGUGGCUUGCUGCUGUACGUGCUGAAUCAAGUCACGGGAAUAAGAAGGAAGCUGACAACUUGAUGGCUAAGGCACUGCAGGAGUGUCCCAACAGUGGCAUACUGUGGGCAGCGUCAAUUGAGAUGGUCCCACGCCCUCAAAGGAAAAGCAGGAGUUCGGAUGCUCUCAAGAAAACCGAUCAUGAUCCGCAUGUUGUGGCUGCUGUUGCCAAGUUCUUCAUGCAAGAUAGGAAGGUUGAUAAAGCAAGAAACUGGCUGGGUCGAGCGGUCACAGUUGCACCUGAUAUUGGUGAUUUCUGGUCCCUUUUUUACAAGCUUGAACUGCAACAUGGUAGUGAAGAGACUCAGAAGGAUGUUAUAAAGAAGUGCAUUGAUGCUGAUCCGAAGCAUGGAGAGAAAUGGCAAUCGAUUUCAAAGGCUGUGGAGAACGCCCACAUGUCGACCGAAGCAAUCUUGAAGAAAGUGGUGGUUGCACUUGGGAAGGAAGAGAAUGCUGCUUCUGAAAAUAACAAAAACUAG